CUCACGUUGAGACCAGCAGCAUGGCGGACGACGCUGAAAAGUUGGAUCCGAACAUAGAGCAAAAUACCGAAGCCUCCAACAGCGAGGAGGACAACGAUGUCGUCACUGGAGCUGGCGACUGUGAAGGAGCUAAGACCUUCAAGGAUUUGGGUGUCACAGAGGUUCUGUGCGAAGCCUGUGAUCAGCUGGGAUGGAAGAGUCCAACGAAGAUUCAGGUCGAAGCGAUCCCAGUGGCUCUGCAAGGGAAGGAUGUGAUCGGCCUGGCAGAGACGGGCUCAGGUAAGACGGGAGCCUUCGCGCUGCCCAUCCUGCAGUCGCUGCUGUCGACGCCGCAGAGGCUCCACACGCUGGUGCUCACGCCCACCCGCGAGCUCGCCUUCCAGAUCGCCGAGCAGUUCGAGGCCCUGGGCUCCAGCAUUGGAAUCAAGUGCGCCGUCGUGGUGGGAGGGAUCGACAUGAUGUCACAGUCGCUGGUGCUCGCCAAGAAGCCACAUGUCGUCAUCGCCACGCCCGGCCGCCUCAUCGACCACCUGGAGAACACCAAGGGCUUUUCCCUGCGCGCCCUCAAGUUCCUGGUGAUGGACGAAGCCGACAGGAUCCUCAACAUGGACUUUGAGACGGAGGUGGAUAAGAUCCUGAAGGUGAUUCCCAGAGACAGGCGCACUUUUCUGUUCUCUGCCACCAUGACCAAGAAGGUCCAGAAGCUCCAGCGGGCUGCGCUGAAGGACCCGGUCAAGUGUGCUGUGUCCACUAAGUACUCCACCGUGGAGAAGCUGCAGCAGUACUACAUCUUCAUCCCCUCCAAGUACAAGGACUGCUACCUGGUCUCCAUCCUCAAUGAACUGGCUGGCAACUCCUUCAUCAUCUUCUGCAGCACCUGCAACAGCGCCCAGCGGGUGGCGCUGCUGCUGAGGAACCUGGGCAUCACUGCCAUUCCUCUGCACGGCCAGAUGAGCCAGAACAAACGACUUGGCGCUCUCAACAAGUUCAAGUCCAAGUCCCGGUCGGUGCUGCUGGCGACUGACGUGGCGUCCAGAGGCCUGGACAUCCCCCACGUGGACUGUGUCAUCAACUACGACAUCCCCACUCACUCCAAGGACUACAUCCACCGAGUCGGCCGGACUGCCAGAGCUGGGCGAUCCGGCAAGUCCAUCACCUUCGUCACGCAGUACGACGUGGAGCUCUUCCAGAGAAUCGAGACUCUGAUCGGGAAGAAGCUUCCGGCGUUUCCCACCCAAGAGGAGGAAGUGAUGAUGCUGGUGGAGCGAGUGAGUGAAGCACAGCGCUUCGCCCGACUGGAGAUGAAGGAACAGGGAGAGAAGAGGAAGAGGUCGCGAGGGAAGGAUGGCGGUGGCGGCGACGACAAUGACGACACAGAGCAGGCGAGCGGCGUGAGGAAGAAGGUGAAAGGAGGAGGAGGAAGAGAGGGAGGUGGAGGUGGACGAGGAGGGGGGAAGAAGAGGGGCGGAGGGGCCUGGAGGGGGGGCCGCUGACUUCAUCAGGCUGGCCACAAACUUUGAUCAUGUGACUGUUUCUCUGGUCCUGCUGCUGGAGUCUGCCGGAACAUUGGGUCACUCAGGAGACGGAUGUUUCCAGUGGAGACUGACUGACCACAGACCACCGUUGAUCUUCAGUGACAAGUGACACUCAGAACCUCUUUACUGUCUGUUUUUCUGUCGAACUGUGCGUCCGGUUGGAAGAGUUUCAAUAAAUACUUUUCAGGAUAUUCUGUGCUGCUGCUCCAGACCCGGUGUGGAUCCCCUGUGGAUGGUUAUGGUUCCUCCUGGUUCAGCUGCUCGUCUUUCAUCCAGAAAAAGCUUCUGUUGUUUGCGUUUCUCUCGGGCAAACUUCCCCUCGCCUGAACUGUCGCCGCUCAUGUUUGAUGUUCUCCUGACUGUUGACUGACUCCACACAGAUCAAUGUGUCAGUUUCUCGCUCAGGUUUCCUCCCACCGGUCAGAACAGGCACAUUGGUGAUGCUGCAUUCUCAGCUGCUGUCUGUUGUGAUGGACGUGUAAGCUUUCCAGGGUGUCCCGGCCUCUUGCCCUGAGGAGCUGGGACACCGUGCUCCGCCGGGGACCCACCGCGCUGAUGAACGUCAAUUCUCCCGCGGGCGCCAUCUAGGGGUGAGCGGAUGAACUCGGAGCCGAACGUUCAACCGUGUUUCCCUACUAUCCAUGUAGUUGGUCCAUUAAUCCAAGUGUGGAAGUAAUCCGAGCG